CAUAAACCAACAUCGUCAUGGUAAUGUUGCAGAACAGCAUUUUCAAAACAUCCUAGAAACAACAGCUGAAUAACAUAAAAUGCUUUAAAAACAUUAAGAAAACAUAUCAGGCUAUAUUUUUAAAAAGUAGCCACAAAAUUUAAAUAUAACAUGUUUUUUUAUUUCAAAACACAACCAGAACAAAUUACAUUUGUGGGACAUUUUAUUUAUCUGUUAAAAUAACGUCAUUUGAGAUGUUAUUUAAGAGAAUGACGUCACCACUCCUGAAAACAUUCUUGCUAUAUCCAAGGAAGUGAAAUACUUACAGCGUUGAGUGACGUCACACAGCCCAAAAAUGAAUGCUUAAUAUCUCAAACACCAAACCAGCACAAACGAAUGGAAGUUUUGAUUAUUUAAUGAUAUUGGUGCGACUUCACAGAGGUUAUAAACCUAUGAACAGAGUCUCGUCUAUAACUCAUGAAUGCAGCAGCUUUAAUCUUCACACAUCUGGAGGCACGACUAUUUCACUAAUGAACAAUUCUCACACAUACAGUCAUGGUGGGAUGCUUUAUAAAUGCAUGUUUUACAAAGGUUGAUAUGAACUCAGAACACACACACAUACACACACACACAUUUAGGAAGAGUGUUUUCCCGCAGGAUUCUGCCGCUCCAGUCUUUGAUGUUUUUGCUGUAUUUAGGAAGUUUAAGAGCUAUUGUCUGUACGACUGAUAAACAUUAGCAGGAAGUUCCUCUUAAAACACAGCGAGGGUCCAGAACACCGAGCCAGACGAGUUUCCAUGACGUCAUCAGCAGCGGGCCAUCGUCCAUUCAGUCAUGUUUUACUCAUUAACAGCUGAUCUGACAUCAGUCUGAGUGUUUCUCAGGUUAUAGAAGUCACACACUGAAUACUUGAGUAACUGGUGUUGUGCUAUGGUACGACUGGUCAUAUACUGACGAUACAGGUUAUUCUUCGUGUUCAGAUGUUCUCUGGCAAACAGAUUCUUAUGAACACAGAUGCAGCUCGCUGCAGCUCAUUAGUCCAGUGGGAGGAAGUGACAUCAUCUGCAGCUGCUAAUCACUGGUGAUCUGGGGCCAGUUAUAGACUAGUUAGAGCACAAAUGGCCACUAAGUUACAAUUUGCACAGCCCUGAUUUAUUUGAGUGUUGCCGCACUUGGUGAAACAUAACCUUACGUGUAAAUUAAACAUUUACGGAUGGAGAAUAAAAUAAAUAAAAGUGUUUACAUGCACAAACAUUGAUUAUGCUUCAGACGACAACAUGAAGGCCUUAAACCUGAAGUAUGGAACUUAUUCAGUGUUAAAAUAUGUUCUAUGACCCAAGCCAGGUCUCCUUAGCAACCAAAUUGUGCUGGUUGCUAGGGAGGGUGGAGUCACAUGGGGUAACCUCCUCGUGGUUGAUAUAAUGUGGUUCUCGCUCUCGGUGGGGCGUGUGGUGUGUGACUCCAGACAGGUGUCCUUAGCAACCAAAUUGUGCUGGUUGCUAGGGAGGGUGGAGUCACAUGGGGUAACCUCCUCAUGGUUGCUAUAAUGUGGUUCUCACUCUCGGUGGGGCGUGUGGUGAGUGACUCCAGCCGGGUCUCCUUAGCAACCAAAUUGGCCUGGUUGCUAGGGAGGGUCAAGUCACAUGGGGUAACCUCCUCGUGGUCACUAUAAUGUGGUUCUCGCUCUCGGUGGGGCGUGUGGUGAGUGACUCCAGCCAGGUGUCCUUAGCAACCAAAUUGUGCCGGUUGCUAGGGAGGGUGGAGUCACAUGGGGUAACCUCCUCAUGGUUGCUAUAAUGUGGUUCUCACUCUCGGUGGGGCGUGUGGUGAGUGACUCCAGCCAGGUGUCCUUAGCAACCAAAUUGUGCCGGUUGCUAGGGAGGGUGGAGUCACAUGGGGUAACCUCCUCAUGGUUGCUAUAAUGUGGUUCUCACUCUCGGUGGGGCGUGUGGUGAGUGACUCCAGCCGGGUCUCCUUAGCAACCAAAUUGUGCUGGUUGCUAGGGAGGGUGGAGUCACAUGGGGUAACCUCCUCGUGGUCGCUAUAAUGUGGUUCUUGCUCUCGGUGGGGCGUGUGGUGAGUUGUGUGUGGAUGACGCGGAGAAUAGCGUGAAGCCUCCACACACGCGCUACGCCUCCACGGUAACACGCUCAACAAGUCACGUGAUGAGAUGCGCAGAUAGACGGUCUCAGACGCGGUGGCAACUGAGACACUUUACUGUGUGUGUCGCCUGCCGUCACUGACAUGACAAGUUUCAACACAUAUCACAUAAUUAGGAUACUACAAUAAAUAUAAACUUAAUUAUUAUUAACUUUACAUACAGUUCUUGAAUAUUAUUAUUAGUUCUAUAUUUAAAUAUGCUAUUUAUUAUAUGUACUUAUAUCAUUGGAAAUGUAAUUCAUUACCGACAGCAGUUGCAUGAGACAAAACACUUUUGAACAUCAACUGUAAUGAGAUUAACUGAACUGCUCCUGAAUGGAUCAAUAAAUCAUAUUCAUAAUCAUAUUAUUUGCCGACACCAGAGGAGGGUAAAAAUAUAGAUUUUAUCGAUAUCGCAAUCCGAUAUUGAUUCUUAAAAUGCGGGUAAAUCACAUUCUCAUUAAUAUGCGCUCAACUAAAACACUUGACCUGACGCUGUUCUUAAAGAGACAGUACCGUUUUAGCACUUGCUCUACAUAUCAAUGUCAUACAUGUAAACAGCAUGAAUGAUGAGAGCUUUUAGGACUAGCUGAGUUUUGCUUUAAGCUGCUCUGCUGUUGACACCAUCAGAAGGAUAUUUUCAGUGUCAUGACCAUAGACAGUAAUAAAAGAUGGCCGACGCCCAUUCGCUCUUUUCCAUUGGUGAGAACUGAAGCCGCCAGUCUCCCGAUAUGGCGCUGACAUCUUGGGACUUGAGUCUGCGCAGUUGCGAUUUCGGGACCAGACCUGCGCAGUAGUGAGCAGGAAGUAAAGCAGCGAAAUCAAGGCCCCGCCCUCACUCUCGCUGAAUCAAUCGCAAGCACACGCCCCUUUUGACUUUUGACUAAUGACGGUGUGAAAUAAUUAAUUAUAGAAAUUUAGAUAUUCAAUUUAAAGCUCCAAUCUCCUCAGUCCUCCGAAGAUCCCGAAAAAAAGUCAGUUGGUGCUUCAGUGACUACUUCACUCAGAGAACCUGUCAAUCACAGCUGUCAAUCAUGAUGUCACAGCAGCGUUUUUAUAGCAUCAAAUAACUAAAAACAAACUUAUUUUGAAAACAAACACUUGAAAUGACAUCAGCGUGAUAGAAACGACAGUAAAUGACAGAAACUAUCUUUGGAAAAAAGAUAUGUGAAGUGUAAUUUAAUUGUUUAGUUGGUCUCACGUCCCGUUGAAUAACAUGGGGAGGCGGGGCUUAUGAUCUAUACUAGGACCAGCCACCGGGGGGCGAUCGACACAUUUUGGCUUCACUUUUGAGGGCUUGUGCGGCACGCUUGGUCAUGAGCAGCAUGAACUUGAUUGGAAACGCCUCCAUUUGUAAUGCACUCGGCUUUGGAAAGACUUGAGGGUGAAUAAAUGUUUUUGGCUAAACUAUUCCUAUAAUUGUAGGUCUAAGCAGGCCAAUGGAAAAGUAAAGCUACAAGCUUGUUGAAGUAAAAGUUGGCUGAUGGUAUUUCUUCUCAGCCAGUGAAAAGAAAGCGUGUGUACUGUAUGUAACGUGUGUACAUGACUAACACGAGCUCACAGACAUCAUGCGAAUCACUUCAAAUUUCUCCACUAAUGAAAUGAGCAGCUCAAACAUUAUUUGCAAAUCUACGUUGUUAAAUGUGGAAUGUGAUGGUUAAAGUCGGUCCAGCUCUCAAUAAUCUCAUGUUCAUUGUUCUGCUGAUGUCAUUCAGUACAUACAAGUCAAAUCACAACCAGAUGUUCUGCUCAGUUAAACACACACACACAAUCACACGCACGAACACACACACACACACACGUGCACACACACACACGCACACACACAAUCACACGCACGAACACAUACACACACACACACAAUCACACGCACGAACACAUACACACACACACACACAAUCACACGCACGAACACACACACACAAUCACACCCACGAACACACACACACUCGCACGAACACACACACACACACACACAAUCACACGCACGAACACAUACACACACACACACAAUCACACGUACGAACACACACACACACAAUCACAUGCACGAACACACACACACAAUCACACCCACGAACACACACACACUCGCACGAACACACACACACACACACACAAUCACACGCACGAACACAUACACACACACACACACUCGCACGAACACACACACACACACACACACACAAUCACACGCACGAACACAUACACACACACACAAUCACACGCACGAACACAUACACACACACACACACAAUCACACGCACGAACACACACACACAAUCACACCCACGAACACACACACACACACACACACAAUCACACGCACGAACACACACACACACACACACACACACACAAUCACAUGCACGAACACACACACACACACUCGCACGAACACACACACACACACAAUCACACGCACGAACACAUACACACGAACACACAAACACAUUGACACGCACACACACACACACGAACACACACACAAUCACAUGCACGAACACACACACACACACACACACACACACACAAUCACACGCACGAACACAUACACACACACACACAAUCACACGCACGAACACAUACGCACGAACACACAAACACAUUGACACGCACACACACACACACACACACACGCACAAACACACACACGAACACACACACACACACACACACACACACACACACACACACACACACACACACACUCACUCACACACACUCACACUCACACACACUCACACUCACACACACUCACUCACACACACACACACACACACACUCACACACUCACACACUCACACACACACACACACACACACACACACACACACACACACACCGUUGUGUUUCCAUGUUUUAUGGGGACUUUCCAUAGACAUAAUGGUUUUUAUACUGUACAAACUUUAUAUUCUAUCCCCUAAACCUAACCCUACCCCUAAACCUAACCCUCACAGAAAACUUUCUGCAUUUUUACAUUUUCAAAAAACAUAAUUUAGUAUGAUUUAUAAGCUGUUUUCCUCAUGGGGACCGACAAAAUGUCCCCACAAGGUCAAACAUUUCGGGUUUUACUAACCUUAUGGGGACAUUUGGUCCCCACAAAGUGAUAAAUACACUCACACACACACACACUCUAACACACACACACUCACACACACACACACACACACACACACACUCACUCACACACACACACACACACACACACACACACACAAUCACACGCACGAACACAUACACACGAACACACAAACACAUUGACACGCACACACACACACAAUCACACGCACGAACACACACACACACACGAACACACACACACACACGCACAUGCACGAACACAUACACACGAACACACAAACACAUUGACACGCACACACACACACACACACACGAACGCACACACAAUCACAUGCACGAACACACGCACGCGCACACACACACACACGCGCGCGCACAAACAUACACACGAACACACAAACACAUUGACACGCACACACACACACACACACACGAACACACACACAAUCACAUGCACGAACACACAAACAUACACACGAACACACGCACGCAUGCACACACACACACACACACACAAACAAACACACACACACACUCUUACAAACACACACAAACUACAGUAUGAGAAUUAUCAAAACAUUUCAGACUCUCUAAGAAGAAUCUUAAAAUAUCAACUCAAUCGACAAGGAUGUAAAAGAUGACAAACGUUUAGAUCAUUUGACUUAAUUUUCCUGUCAGAAAUCACAGAGGUGUCCUCAAACAUGACCUCACUGUCACUGUCAGCCAAUCGUGUG